CCAUCAGUACAGCCUCUCCCCAGACCCUUGCCUAACUCUGCCUGCCCUUUGCAGUACUCCUUGCCUGCGUGGAAGAUGUCCUGCUCCAGCCUGUGUGCCCCUGUGUGUGGGGUGGCCGCCCCGGCCCCAGUGGCUGACAGCUUCAACGAGCCCUGCGUGUGGCAGUGCCCCGACUCCACCGUGGUGAUCCAACCCCCAGCCACGGUGCUCACCUUGCCCGGGCCCAUCCUCAGCUCCUUCCCGCAGCACGCCGUAGUCGGCUCGGCAGGAGUCCCGGGAGUGGCAGGGGGCUUUGGUGGCACUUUUGGAGGCCGUGGUGGCUUUGGGGGCUAUGGAGGCCUUGGGGGUUAUGGUGGCCUUUUGGGCUAUGGAGGCCUUGGUGGUUAUGGACGUGUUGGGGGCUAUGGAGGCCUUGGAGGCUAUGGGGGCUAUGGAGCCUUUGGGAGCUGCGGAUAUGGCGGCUGGCGUCGGGGCCACAGGUACCUCAGCGGCAACUGCAGGCCCUGCUAAGCCCGCCUCUGGCUCCAGCCCCUGAAGAAGGAGUGCUCCGCAGCUGCCCUUGGAACAUCCCGACAUGACACCAUCAGGAGAAGCUCCCCUUCGGAGUCACUGGUUUCCAGAGCUUGGAGGCCUUGUGCCUUCAUGGGGCCCCUCUGUCCUUCUCCUCGCUGCUUGAGCUUCGCUUCAGGACUCACUGCCCCAUCACGAGGCAGCCAAGCAACGGACGCCUCCUGUGGCAUGGCUGUUGCUCACUAUCGCUCUGCCUUCUGCAAGGAGUCAGGGGCUGGCUUACUGCCGUCUCCCUGAUCCCCUACAAUCCCCUACAGCAGCAAUAAAAGCUCUGUUACACCACA